AUGGCUGAGGUCGAACCACAGAGCAUCAAGUCGCGCAUUGCGGCCCUCAACCUGGAAAAGGUCCACGCACCUGCCCCUGGCGCCCGCCCGUCCUACAACUACGAUGCCGUCGCGUCUGCCAAGAAGAAGCAGCCGCCGCCGCCGCCCCCUCCCCCGGCGCAACGGCCCCCUCCGUACCGCACGCAGACGGUGAACAACCCUCCACUGCUCGACCACGCGCCCGCCUCCACGCGCCGCAUAGGCAAUCAGCCCCAGGGGGAAGAGCCCGCGCCCCGAGUCUCGCCCGCGCUCCCACCGCGCCCGCCGCCCAGGCCCGCCACCGCCAGCCAGCAGUCGCCCGCCCUGCCCCCGCGCAAGUCGUCGGACCGCAGCGUGACACGGCGCGAGUCGUCCGAGUCCCUAUCCACCAUCGCCUCGGGCGUCUCGACGCUGUCCCUGGGCUCGGUCAAGACCAACGCCAGCAAUGGCAGCACGCCGUACCAGGUUCGCGCGCCCGCGUACGACGCUGCGAACCUGCCGCCCCUGCCGCCCAAGAAACAGGACGCGCAGAAGAGUGCCACGCGCGCGGCGAUGACGUCGACGCGAAGCGUUGUGCCCAGCCAGACACUGCCGCCUCAGAUGAAGCCAUCGGCGCCAGCCCUGCCCUCCCGACCAUCACUGCCACCCAGGCAACCCACUACCCGUGCCUCGGAGCGGCCGCGUGAAAGGCCAGUGCUGCCCGGCCGGCCUACAUCGACUGCGCAAGCAAAACGGGCCAUCGUGCCACCACCCCAACGAUCCGCUCUCUCGCUCGGCUUCAACAACACAUGCACUGUCGAGCCGCCUCCCGUGCCCCAGACGCGGCCCUCGCCAGCCCCAGGUGCGGGCGCGCCUCCCCCCAUCCCGACAUCUUCACGGCCCAACCUGGAUGCGAUCAUGGCAUCGAAGCCAAAGCCUGGCGCCGCUGCUCCAUGUCUCGUCUGUCGCGACUUCUCAGGCCCGGAUCAUCACGCGGCCAGGUUCCCUCGACAGCAGCUCCCUUCCUCGGAUGUGGGCUGGCUUGCGCACCAGCUUUGCGCUCCCUUCCCGUCGGCCACUGACAAGGCGAGAGCCAUCUUCAGCUGGCUGCACCACAACGUCGACUACGAUGUGAAGAACUUCUUCGCUGCCACCGUCCAGCCAUCGACACCGGAGAAGACCAUCACGAGUGGCAUGGCUGUAUGUGAAGGGUACGCUGGUCUCUUUGCGGCUCUCGCACUCAAAGCAGGCCUCGAAGCCAUUGUGUGCUCGGGCGCAAGCAAAGGCUUCGGGCACAGCCCAAUGGGCCCCAACGAUCCGGUGCCCCCCUUCAAGUCGACACACGCGUGGAAUGCUUGUCGAAUGGACAAGGGCGAGUGGAAACUCAUCGACCCCUGUUGGGGAGCGGGCCACAUCGGUUGCCAGCUCAAGAAGGAAGGCUACAAGCGAUCCUUCAGUCCUCAAGAAUUCACAUCGUCCAACAUGGACUUUGGCAUGAGACACUUCCCUGGGAACAGCUCGCACCAGUUCCGCGAAGACGGGCGCGUGCUCUCGUACGAGGAUUUCAUGCGAGACGACGCGGGCGGCAGAGUGACGGUCUACGGAGACGCUGAAAACGAACACGGUCUGGGUGGGCGAACCUUCCAGCCUGCUCAACUCAACAUCAGGGUGCACGAGCCGCAGAGUCCCGUGGUCCGCUUCCAGUUCGCCUCGGUCUGUCAACACUGGGACAACGCGCGACACGGCAAGGGCAAACCGUACGUCAUGCUCCUCUCCAUCGGCGGCGUCCAUGGUCGCAAGUCGGAGCACCGGCCUUUCCACACCAACGGCCAGGUCUGGUGGCUCCACGUCAAUCGCUCUGAACUGGGCUGUGCGGGUCAGAAGGUCGGCGUGUACGCGGUGACGGAAUUCUGCAACAAGAACGCCCGCGGCUUGACGUAUGAGGAGUGGAACAACAAGACGGCCUUUAGCUGCCAGUUUGCCGGCAUUGCCAUGUGGCAGCUGGUUUGA